ACAGCUGUGCGAUGUGGGUCGGACCAUGCAUGCAAUUAUGGACAAUGAAAAAAGGGUUCGGUCGGUCGGUGGGGAACAAAUUAUUGACUAUUGGUGUAACUCAGAGACCUGAGCCUUGCCCUUUAAUAAUACCAACCACAUUUUUUGAUACAUUAAACACGUUGGGUUCUACCUGGUGCAAAAUAGACUCUGGUAAUUCUGGAACCACCUUCACCCUCAAUUCACUAUUCACUGCCUCAUUUGGCUCUACGAUUGAAAGUCCUUAGUAACCUCUUUUGGACUUUACCGUAGCUCCGCCCUGUCCUAUUAACGAGGAAUUUGGACAAUCUUAUAUCCACACUUUCAACCACAAGCACUCAUGACUCAACUAAAUAAGAGAAAGAGACGCUAGCUGUAGGCUAAAAUCUCUUGAUUCAACUCACGAAUACUAAUUGUACAACCCUGUCAAAAUCGUCUUGUUAUUUUCACGUUCAAAUUUCAUCUCAUUAAAUUCCAAUCGACUACUAUUUCAUUAGUCGUUGCUUCUGUUAGCUGAUGAUGUAAAUUGGGUUAUGUAAUUAGCUGUAUAAUUAUGAGGCCCAGUAGUUAAUUAGCCCAAUACGUAAGUCCAUGAAACCCAUGCAUGGCGCCAGAUCGUGUGUUAGUAAAUAUAUGUGUUGGAGUACUUGAUCUGGUUGUAUUUGUUAGUUUGUUUGCUGGGUUCUCUUUAUUAAUAAAUUAUCACCACCAUUAUAAAAAAAACGAUAUAUGAUUCACGAUUGAACAUUUUUCAACAACUCGAGUUAUUGGGACUAACUAGUUAUUGACAUGGUAUCAAAGCCUCAUGUGACCAAAAGUUCUUCUGUUCGAAUCCCGAUGACCCCUAUCUGCUUUUUUUUGUAAGCAAAUAGUGUCCGGACCUGUGCAAAUUUCAAGUCCAUAUGUGGUGGCUUUCGUUUGAUGCGGUAUGUUAGUAAACGAUAUAGGGUUCUGUAGCAAGGGUUUCAAACCCCUGGCUAAUCGAUUUGUAAUUUAUUGUAGCUACGGUUUGUUUUAAGGGUAUGUGAACCCUUGCUAUAAAAUUUAAUAAAUCACACCUCUAUUCCAUUUCUCCCUCUGCAAACUAAAAAUCCCUAAUUUUCCUUGUACGUUCUUUUUGAUGAUUUUGACGCCUGCUCGCGAGAGGUGUGAAGAGAAAUCUCUAAUUCCGUUACAGAGCGAGAGAGAAAUCUCGCCGCCGGAGUAAGAGAUUGCAGAAUCGUCAGAGCGCGAGAGAGGUCAAAGAAUCACUAGACAAGUGACCUGGAUCUUCUUUUCUUCUCGAUCGGCUCCGAUAACAUAUCCGGCAUUACGACUAUCGUCGACGUUAGUCCGCUGCCUUCAUCCUUCCUCGUGGUUUCCGGUGAAAAAGGUUGUCGUCUUGUUCUCUCUCUCUCUCUCUCUCUCUCUCUCUCGCGCACGGGCUCGCUGAUUCUACUGCUGCUUUGAAGAACGAAUUGGCAUCUCAGAAGCAAAAAGACGAGAAGAGUUGCUAAUCUGAUUGAGGAUCAAGGUAAUUUACGUAACAAAUCAGUUCGUUUAGGCUAUGACUGAGCACAAUCGUUUAAGAAUACAGAAUGUAAUGUAUGUAUGUUUAUAGCAUGAUGAUUUCUUAGAGCAAAGGUUGUAAUCGAUUAUUAUGUUUCUUAGAGAAGGGUGAUUCUUCUUCCUUUAUGUAGUAUUCGAUUGACUUGAUUGAGCACACAGGAGGUACUCCUUCCUGUAUACUAGUAAUUGUCAACAGCAAAUUGUUUGUUUAUACUGUUCUAAACUUCUUUUCCUGUUUGUUUUCACUACUGAUUAUAGUUUUGAGUUCAAGAAAUUUGAGAAUUGUGACCGAAUCCGAUGUGCAAGAGGGUUUUCAGCAUGGACAUUCAUAGUCUUGACACGGGGAGUGAUUUGCAGACAGUAGGUACUUUUCUAGCAUCUUAUUAUAUAAAUGUGCAUUUUGUGCAAAAUCUCUGUAGUUAGAUUGCAUGUCAAUGAACUGUGACCUCCUUCAGCAACCUUGGUAGUUUAGUUCUUUUCUUGUGCGGAAAUGAGAUCGGUGAGCUUAGUAAUUUGAUCCCAUUUGCGAAUUAUACUAUCUGGUUGUUACUGUUAGGGGUGGCUAUAAGGUCCGGUCCGGUUAAAUUGAUCCAAAUAAAUCCGGUUCAGUCCGGUCUUUUUGAAAAUAUAAGGACCAAAGAUUGAAUUGGAUACAGUCCGGUUUUGAUCCUGUCCGGUCUUGACCCCGUCCGGUCCCAAUUCGGUCUUGAUUUUAUAUUGAGCUCGUGGGGAUUGGAGUGUCCUAAGGCCUGAAAGGGUGAGGAGUUGGUUAAGUUUUGUACUAAUUGCAAAGGUUAGUGACCGUUUAUGAAAAUUACCCUUAAGUUUUGGGUGUUGAGCUCUCUUAUCCGGUCUUUAUCCAGUUUUCGAUCCGGUCAGGAACGGUUUUUUUACCUCAAAUCUAAGACCAAAGAUUGGAUUGGAUUGUUUCCUAUCCGGUCCCGAUCUGGUCUCGGUCCAGGUUAUACGGUCCGAUUUCGGGUAAAACAAAAAAACCUGGACCAAAUAGCCAGCCCUAGUUAAUGUGAUUCAUUUUGGUAAUGGUUAUACUAUCUAGUUAUUAGUUCGUUCUCUACAAAUCUAUGGAUCGUAUUCUUAAGAUGAUUUAAUAAAUUUGAAAUAUUCUGUGGCAUCUCAACAAUAGCUUUUCAGAUAGAUUGGGGGAUCUGUAAACUUAUUAUGUGGCGUAUCAGUAAAAGGUAGGCUGCUAUGAUUUUGCUUCAUAAUUUGUUUCUUAUACCUUUUCCCUAACAACCGCUACCAUGCCUGAGUAGUUUAGGUAUAAGGAGUACCACAACUUAUAUGGGGUGCUAAUGAAGAGAGGAAAUCCUAAUACACUGACAUGGAAAAGUGUGAAUCUAAUGGGCUACGUAGCAUAUGAUAUUCUUGUUCUAAAGAAGUUAAUUGUUUAUUACAUCAUUACUUGGCUUCCAGGUUGAUAGAUAUUAUGACCUUGCAACUAGCAUUUAUGAGUUUAACAAGGGAGAAUCUUUCCAGUUUGCUCACAGGUGAAGUUUUUUCUUCCUGUAUUUCCUUCCCCAAGACUGAAAAUCAUCCCCCUCUCCCUAGUAUAUCAGAUUCAAUGGUGGAUCUCUUCCAAAGAUCAUCAAAUUACAGGAGCACUUCCUCGACCUGCAACUUGUCUAGAAACCCAAAUAAAAGGCUGACUUCACGAAAAUGGAAAUUCGAGACAACAGCUACGACUCCAUGUAUGCAAUUGAAUCCACCUUCCAUACACUUGAUACGGUAUGCACAACAUGAAACAAUCACAUCAGGGAUAUUCAACUAGCUGAAAUAGCAUUUUUAUUCCUUCUGUUUUGUUAUAUUCAUCUCUUCCAUCCUCCACGUUGCUAUGAUACUAAAUUUGUUGGGGAUUAACGGAAGUAAUGAUAAUUUUGGACCAAGAUAAAGGAAACAUUUGGUGUUUAAUCACUCAUUUUUAGAAAACACUCAAACAAACAAUGCCUUACACUUUUGGCUAUUGUUUUAAUUACACUAGAGUAAAGAACUUGCAUACACGCACACACUUAGUGCUUUCUUUCUUUCUUUCUUUCUUUCUUUUGUUUCUGUUACACACUCUACACAACCCAUACUUACAACACAUAUAUAUAAUUGUAAAUGCAAGAACCAAUCACCCAUCACAUACUCUUCAAUUCUCCAGCAACGUGAAUGACAAAUUAACAUGGUCUUUCAUAUAUAUGGAUGUCCCAUGCAUUACUUCUCUUGUCUCCUAUGCAUUUGUUGUACGUGAUAAUUGAAUCCUAUUAUUUGGUUGCUGGAGCUUCAUAUCACCUCAUCUAUUUGUGAACACCUCAUGUUCCAUAGGUCAUUCACAUUUAUCAUAAGAGACAAUAAUAAUUAAUCCAUUGUUGAUAAUGUUGAGGUCUGCCAUGUAUAGUGUUUAGUUGGGGAUUAGCGGAAGUAAUGGUAAUUUUGGACCAAGACAAAGGAAACAUUUAGUGUUUAAUCAACCUAUCACUAAACACUAUACAUGGUAGGCCUCAACAUUAUCAACAAUGGAUUAAUUAUUAUUGUCUCUUAUGAUAAAUGUGAAUGACCUAUGGAACAUGAGGUGUACACAAAUAGAUGAGGUGAUAUGAAGCUCCAGCAACCAAAUAAUAGGAUUCAAUCAUCACGUACAACAAAUGCAAAGGAGACAAGAGAAGUAAUGCAUGGGACAUACAUAUAUUAAAGACCAUGUUAGUUUGUUAUUCACGUUGCUGGAGAAUUGAAGAUUAUGUGAUGGGUGAUUGGUUCUUGCAUUUACAAUUAAUUUUUUAUAUAUAUAUAUAUAUAUAUAUAUAUGUUGUAAGUAUGGGUUGUGUUGAGUGUGUAACAGAAACAAAAGAAUGAGAGAAAGCACAAAGUGUGUGCGUGUAUGCAAGUUCUUUACUCUAGUGUAAUUAAAACAAUAGCCAAAAGUGUAAGGCAUUGUUUGUUUGAGUGUUUUCUAAAAAUGAGUGAUUAAACACCAAAUGUUUCCUUUGUCUUUGUCCAAAAUUAUCAUUACUUCCGCUAAUCCCCAACAGUUUUUAGCAGUAUAGAUUUUACAGGGGGGUUCACAGAGCAAAUUUUUUUGAAACUUGGACAGUAUUUUGCCGCUUAUGACGGUGCAUGAUAGAUGCUAAUAUUCUCGAAAACAAAGAACACAACCGAAUUAAGGUUAGAUAUUUACUCAUCCUCUAAUGCUAACCCCAACUGCAGAACUCUUGCAUAUCAUCAUCCAUCUGUGUGUUCCAACAACAUAACUCUCAUGGGAUUUUGUUUACUACCAUUGUUAAGCCUACAUUUCGAUUGGAUUAGAGAUCUUUUGCUUGAGGUUUGAAGAAUUGGGAUAGAUUACUUUUUUCAUUGAGUAGGGAUAAUGCUCUACUUGGUUAAUAAUAAUGAAAUGUUAUUUUCUAUUUACAAUAUCAUUUUAGUUCAUGGCUAAACUAAGUUAACGCUUUUAUAAUGUACUUUGAUGUAUGUUUAUAAUAUCUUAACAAUUGUUUUCCUUUGUGAAUAGGGUUGUCACUAGUAAUCCAACUCCAUCUUUGGGUCCCCAAGUUUCUUGAAAUGAUACCGUGAAGCUCUUAUUUGAAGAAUUUGGGAUCGUGAUCUACUCAUGUUGCUUUGAAUUGUAUUCUUUUUUGUGAUUGAAACAUAAUAAUCAUACGUGUUUCUUUGCAUUGUAGCAUUUAGGCAUCUAAACAACACUAUUUUGGUAUGAAUCACAGAAGUAUUGAAGGGUAUAUUGCAUAAUAUGAAUUUGGCUAUAGUGACAAGGGUAUACACAACCAGAUCUAAUGCUUCUAUUAGUAACAAACUUUUAGUGACGAAUGGGUUCGUCGCAAAUGUUAGUUUGAUCACAAAGUAUGCAAGGGGUUUAUAGUGACCAAACUUUAGUAACGGCUUGGUUCGACACAAAAUGUUUUUACUUUUGUCACAAAUUAUGCAAGGGAAUUAACAUUCGCAAUUAUUGCUAUAUUGUCCUAUAGCAAGGGUUAAAACCCUUGCUAGGUGUAGCAAGGGUGGUUAACCCUUGUUACUGAAAUCUCUUUGCUGAAUUUUACCAAGACGUGUAGCAAGGGUUUUAACCCUUGCAAUAAUCUUUGCAGGGUACU